GGAACCUCACGCUGUAGUAUCUCGCGCCUGUUGCGUGAUCGUAUAGUCGCUUCACCGAGGAGUUCGGCCUUGUACCAGGACAGGGAUCACUAGCACCUAGCAUCUCGUCACUCAUCGCGAGGCCAUCGUUGCUUGCAUCCAGCCGUGCUGGCUAUGAGCCGAGUCCAAGUGAUGCCGAGCUGGUUCGCCGCGCCUCAUCCAUAAUGGCCAACUCCAUCAGCGGCUCUUCGGCCGACAAGUUUGAGCUAGAUCCGCUAUGGCAGAAUCUCGACUGGGCGAUUGGGCAGAUGCUGCUCAUGGGCUGGGAUGGUACCCAGGUUACGCCUCAGAUCAGAAGCCUCAUCGAGGAUCACCAUCUUGGCUCCAUCAUUCUGACUGCCAAGAACUUGAAAUCGGCUCAUCAAACUGCAUUGCUCGUUCAGGAGCUGCAGAUGAUUGCCAAGAACUCUGGUCACCCACAGCCUCUUCUGAUUGCCGUAGACCAAGAGAAUGGAGGUGUCAACAGUCUGUUUGACGAAGAUUUCGUUUGCCAGUUCCCUAGUGCCAUGGCCAUUGCCGCCACGGGCAGCCUGGAUCUGUCAUACGAAGUCAACAAAGCGACGGCUACCGAGAUCGCGGCUUGUGGUGUCAACCUUAUGCUUGGCCCGGUUUUGGACGUUCUGAACAAUGCGCGCUAUCAAGUUAUUGGAGUUCGCGCUUCGGGCGAUGAUCCUCAAGAAGUCUCCCAGUAUGGACUCGCAGCCUUGAGCGGUAUUCGCGAUGCUGGCAUCGCCUCUUGCGGAAAGCAUUUCCCCUCCUAUGGAAACCUUGAUUUCCUGGGUUCCAAUCUCGACGUCCCAAUCAUUACACAAACCUUGGAAGAGCUAAGCCUGAGUGCAUUGGUUCCAUUUCGAAACGCAAUUUCUUCUGGGAAGCUCGAUGCCAUGUUUGUUGGCGGCUGUGGAAUCUCCAACCCUUCCAUGAAUGUCAGCCAUGCCUGUCUUUCAGAUCAAGUAGUCGAUGAUCUUCUCCGUAACGAGCUAGGCUUCAAGGGAGUUGCAAUCUCAGAAUGUCUCGAAAUGGAGGCGCUGAGCCAGGAUCUUGGAGUUCAGAACGGUGUUGUCAUGGCCGUGGAGGCUGGAUGCGACAUCAUACUGCUCUGCCGCGCCUAUGACGUUCAGCUGGAAGCUAUCAAAGGUCUCAAGCUGGGCUACGAGAACGGCAUCAUUACAAAAGAAAGAAUCUUCACUUCUCUACGAAGAAUCUUUCAUCUCAAAUCGACUUGCACAUCUUGGGCAAAGGCGCUGAAUCCUCCGGGAGUAAACCUUCUUUCGCAGAUUCGACCCUCUCACCUUGCCCUAUCUAGACGAGCCUAUGAUGAUUCCAUCACUAUUGUUCGCGACAAGGAGAAGUUGUUACCGCUGUCUCUUUCAAUGCAUCCUGGCGAGGAGUUGCUGCUACUCACCCCCUUGGUGAAGCCGCUUCCGGCGUCGUCUUUGACUAAAAGCUUGACCGAAGCAAGGAACGAUCGAUCUAUAAUUUCUACCCAUCAUGAUAAAUGGAGUCAUCAGGGCCGUGAAAGGAGUGCUAUUAUGAGCGGCGAAGGAGUCUUCCGAGAGUUUGGAAAAACCUUGGCACGAUACCGCAACGAAAAGUUACUACACACGAGUUACACGGCCAAUGGAGUGCGGCCAGUACACGAGAAUCUUAUCAACAGAGCAUCUUGUAUUGUCAUCUUUACCGCGGAUGCGAACAGAAAUCUCUACCAGGCCGGUUUUACAAAACACGUUGAUAUGAUGUGCUCUAUGCUUCGAAGCAGAGGGCAAAAGAAGCAACUCAUUGUCGUUGCUGUGAGCUCACCAUAUGACUUUGCCAUGGACAAAUCUAUUGGCACUUAUAUCUGCACCUACGAUUUUACAGAAAACGCCAUGGCUGCUUUGGUCCGUGCCUUGAUUGGAGACAGCAACCCCGUGGGCACCAUGCCAGGUACUCUGCGAAAGAGCAAAAAGGUCCUUAAAUCCCGACAACAUUGGCUCGUCGAGGAAUUCGACAGCACUCGGGACAGGAACGGCUUGAACGACCUCAUCAGAGCUGUGCACAGGGCCAGUGACCAGGAUAUGCGGUACCUUCAGACCACAAGCGCAGAGACGUUUGCGCUUAACAAUCCAAACGUCAAAGAAGCUCAUUUUGUGGUGCGUAACAGCAGCACACAAGCUCUUUACGGCUUUGUCGCUACGUACUACGUCCAGAACGUGGGUAUGCUUGGUGCUCUGGUUGUGGACCCAACCAAGCGGAACCUGUCGAUUGGCCGGUCUCUUCAUCGCCGCGCGCUGAAGAGUUUGACUCAGCAGAGAGGCAUCAAGAAGGUUCAGCUGGGAUCAUCUUUUCCCUCCCUCUUCCUGGGAAUCCCUCUUGACAUGGAAGUAACCACGACAAAAGAAUGGUUCAGCAACAGCGGAUGGGACACGCAGUUCCCUCGAAGGCUCACCAACAUGAUUAUCCAAGAUUUGAGCGCCUGGUAUGCUCCCGAGGGCUUGUCGCAGAGUAUCCAGCGAGCCAACAUUAGCUUUGACCUCAUCUACGGUGUCGAAAGCGGCGAUACUGUGAUGCAUCAUGUGCGGACACACGCGAAUCCAGAGGUUCUCGAACUGUACCGAGCUGCAUUGGAAGAGAGUAAAGCUUGCGGCAUCGUGCGGGCCAAAGACGCGGCAGGCAAUUUGUUGGGAACAAUCAUCAUAAGCAGACCCAAUAGCCCUCUCGCUAGAUACGUCCCUCCUUUGGUAUCUCCCAAGCAAGAUAUUGGUGGUCUCUUGGCUCCAAUCGUACCUCUGGCUCCGCUUUCGACUUUGGUGCUGCAAGGCCUUGCUUUGAUGGGUGUUCGACAGAAUAAGGGCCACAAGGCAAACAAGACUGUUUUAAGCUGGGUUGUUGAUGAUGCCUUUGAGCCUCUGGUGGCCAUGGGAUUCGAUGUUCUGCAGGCAUUUGAAGAGAUUACAAAUUCCCCUGAGACGUUCCAAACCUGAUGCAAACGGACAGCUAUUGUGGCAGGUCCUUCAUCUCUCGUCCCUUUUAUUUCCUGAUUUUUCACGCGGAUUUCUUCUUCUGAUCGGCAUGAUGCCGUUUUUACUCGUUGGAUAUUCUUCUCUGGACGGCGAUUGUUAUAUAUGAUGCUAUUUUUCUGUUUUGAGCUGCGUGAUGUUGGAUAUAAGAGAAAAGAAGUUGAGCGUACUGUGCGCAAUCAGACCGCUAUACUUUCUGGUUCUUUUAGUUUCCCCAAAUCCCUGAUAGGGCACAAUUGGGAACAGUAAGAUAUGAUUCUAUGUAUUUAUUAGUCAUGAUCAUUUUUUAUAGGUAUUAUAGCUUUAGCAGAUUCUAAUUUUGCUGUUAGUUGUUGUA